CUGCUGCGUGACGGCUAAUUUGGUUUUUGUUCUUCUACUACCAUCUCUUCUUCCCUCCCCCGCGCGCGCGUGCAGGACGUGCCCGCGUCCCCGACUUACCCCAGGCCGCCCUAUGCAGCCGCUGCACCACAAGGCUGCAGCCCCGUCGCUCACGUUACUUGCCCACGUUCGCCGUAUCUUCUGGCGGCGCGAUCGUAGCGCUUCUGGACCAUCCGGUACCUUCCCCCUCCGUCCAACUUCGUCUCGUUGCCCUCGUUCACCGUACGGUGUGGAAGCCCACUCGCGUCCGUCACGCUGCGAAUCGUACCCACGCGUCUACGCAUUUUCGUCCCGAUCCCUGUGAUUCCGCCGCACUCCGGACGCCCCCUGAUUCAUGCUGGCGCAGCAUCCCACAGAGCCAGAUGGAGCAUGGAAGGAGAAGUUGAGGCGAGAGAUUGAGAAGAACCUGGGCUCCAUGGUGGAGGCGGCAAAGCAGAACCGUCAGGCAAAGCUUUCAGCAGGGCAAGUCAGCCCAGAUCAGCGUGGUUCUCUCGAUCGCGAGUACAAGGCGACCAUGGAGACUAUCCGUAGGCUCGCUGAAGGGCAAUUUCGAGACGCCGUGGAGAGAGAGCGCGUGGAGCGCAAAUGGGCCUCGGGCGACGCAAUCGACGGGAACUGGAGCGAUGCAUUGGUGAAAGAGCAGCAAGCAAUACUGGACAACAUAGAGAAAGAGAAGACACAGAGUGGUGGCGGCGUUCAGCGAUCGAUAUCAGGCCAGUCAACCCAGACCAACCGAAGCACACCUGAUUCGGCAACAGGGCUCACUUCGUCUUUUGCCAGCCAGAUUAAGGCCGUCGGCAUUACGGGGUCGCCCACUGCCUCGACAUCCCAGCCGAGUUCAACAGCUCGCAUCUGGACGCCAAAGGAGUCUCCCGGUACGGAAUUUGGAAGCUACUUCCCGCGAUCACCGAUUGCUCAGGAACCGGAAGAAUCGAAGACCAACAUACGCAGCGGGAAGAAACGUGCUGGCUCCCUCACCAGCAUCGUGAGCUCGAGUCGUCCACCAUCCAUUCCUGAACAACCAGAACUCGGUACGCGUUCUCGCCCCCCUCCCAACAACAUUACCGGUGAAUCGAGCUAUCCUCCUCGUUCGUCUCUCGAGUCGCCUGCUAGCGUACGCGGCAAUAGCAUGCGCCGCAUGGUGGGCGGGAAUGUCCGCCCCAACCUCCCCGCGUUCUGGACGCCGACGAUUACACCUGAGGAGGACGCUGCCCAGUCGAAGGCGUACGUCAUAGCAGGGAGUAGCAGCAACGAGAGCGCUUCAUCUUCUGUCCGCCCUCCACCAGCUCUACGCCCGCCAAGUCGCAGCACAGAUCCACCAGCGCCAGGUACGACAAACACCCAUGCAGAACGAGGGCGAGAGCGAGGAAGCAGGCAAUCAUCAGACACCUUUGGCGAACCAUCGUCGCAUAGCGAUCGCUACGCUUCGAGGGACUAUGCUACUGCCACGCCUAGCCCGACGUCUGCAGUGUCUUCUGUGUACACACACACGGCCGACGGGUCUCGCGCUUUCCCUCCCCCGUCGGCGAGUCGGCCUAUUGUUAAGAGGAAGACAUCGGCUGCUGCUGAUGGACGUGUGCAAUCAAGCCCUAAUUCCAACAACUGGAUCCAUUCGGGGCGUUACGAGGCCUCCAGUUCGCCGAGUACGUUCGACAGCGGUCCUCGUAGUUGGCACUCGUCAGGCCUUCCUGAGCAAAUAUCGAGGCCUGACCUGAGGCAGGCUGGUACCAAGUCCCGUCAAGAUCGUCGCGCCGUUAAACAUAGCGACGAUUCGGACGAGGACCCGGAUGAAGGCUCGAAGGUCUGGCGUAGUCGACGAUACGGUGAUAGACCACUCCCGAACGGGUAUGCACCGCCCUUGCAGCGGCGACCCGAGGGGUCUAUCAGGGACUCCAGGACGCUAGACGAAGAGGAUCACGUGAAGCGGGAGGCGGAAUGGAAGAACCGGGACGAUGAAGAGCGCAUCAGGCACGAGGAAAAGUGGAAGAAGCAGGACGAGGAGGAUCGCCUGAGGCGCGAAGAGGAACGAAAUCGGCUGGACAGAGAAGAGCUGGCGAGACGUAGAGAAGACAGAAGGAAAUGGGACGAAGCGGAGGCAGCGAGACGAGAGAAAGAGAGCAGGCGCUGGGAUGCAGAGAUCGGUCAGCGAGAUACGGAGAGGACUAAGCGCGAGGGGGAGUUGCAGAAGUAUGAAGAGGAGAGGAAAGCGUUCGAGGAAGAGCGGCAUGGCAUGGCAGAAGAGCGCCAGAGGGUUGAGGAAGAAGAUCGACGUAGGCGGGAAGAGCGGAAGAAGUUUCAGGAUGAGGAGAAGUUGAGGAAGCAAGAAGUAAAGAAGCACGAGGAGGAACGAGAUAAGUAUGAGGCGGAGAAACGCCGUCAUGAUGAGGAGGACCAGCGACAGCGUGAGGACGGCCAAACCAAGCAGGACGAAAUUGACAGGCUGAAGGGCGAAGCCAAGCGGAAGGAAGAAGAAAUGUCUCGGUUGAAGGAUCUGGUUCGGCGCAAGGAGCAGGAGGUCAUGCUGAGGGAGGAGCAGACGAAGGAGAGGGAGGCGGCUGCAGAGAGGAAGGAGGAAGAAGCCAGGGAGCUCGAGAAAAAGGCACGAUGGAGGGAGGAAGAGGCCCUAAAGCGGAACGACGAGGCGCGGCAGCGAGAAGAGGUGGCGGUACGAAUGGAAACAGAAGCGAAGGAGAAGACUAAGGAGGCUCAGGCAAAGGAAGAGGAAGCUCAUCGGACUGGGGACGAGACUCGCCGUCUUGCAGCCGAUUUGCGUCGUAGGGAGGAAGACGUUAGAAAGAAAGAGCAGCAACUGCAGAAGCGCGAGGAGAAUCUCGCUCAGAAGAAGGCCGAGUUUUUCCAAAAGGAGCUCGACAUGCAGCUGCGGGACGAAGAACGAGGGAAGUGGGACAAGCAGCAAGGGGAGUACCAGAGGCGUGCAGAGGAGGCCGUCAGGCGGCGUGAAGAGCGCAAACGUCAAGAUAGCUGGGAGAACGGGCGCUCGUAUCCCUCUCAAGGUGGCUCCUCCUCCCAGCCCUCGUCUAACCCCUGGCCGAUGUCGGAUCACGCUGAAGAUUACACGUCAACUACGACUCCGGAUGGUGCGUCAUUUGCAAAGGCCUCCUAUACCCCCCGGACCGGUAGCGCUUGGUCAUACGCAUCGGGCCAUACUACCUCAACGGCCACCAACCAGACUUCGACUUCAGCCUCCGCGACACCAGGUACCAAGCCGAGCGCUAGUCGUCCAAAGCCAGCAACUUCGAGUUCGUAUACGACUCUUUUAUCGGAAGCCGAGUGGCGUCGUCGCCAGGCUGAACAGGCUCAGCAGCAAGAGGCGCGGUUCCGUCAAGAGCAGGUUCGGCUUGAACAAGAGCGGCUUUCUAAAGAGUCAAGAGCGCUCAGCAGGAUGGACAUCAUUAGACUGUUCGACUCACAUCAAAGCCAGUGGGACAAACUUCACUCACGGGCUACUCUCAGCUGGGACGAUUUCCCGUGGCCGAUGUUCAGGUGCCCUAUAGGUCCAGAUGACUUGACGGUGGCUGGGAUUAGCGCAUAUAUGCUAUCACCUUUGCAGCCUACGGACAAGACUGUCAAGGAACGCAUUCGCGAAGGCAUUCGCAAAUGGCACCCCGACAGGUUUGAAACGCAGGUGUUGUGGAAGGUGAAAGAGGAGGAUAAAGAGAGGGUCAAAGAGGGUGCUGGCAGCGUAGUACGCUGCUUGAACGAUCUGCUACGCUCGAGCACUAAGGUCCUGUUUUCGUAAUCGCAUGAGCAUGAAGUAGGAGCGCAUUUUAACUUCUCGAGUCUAACACCCACCGGAACGUCUUGCAGCUGUAACGUCUAAACAUGUAUCUAUACCCACACUCCGCAUCUAGUAUCCUCAGUGUACACGAAGCAAUAAACCACCUAUGUAC